GUAAAGAACGUUUGCAUAAAGAAGCCAUGCCCGAGUAAUGCGAUCUGCCAAGCUGGUUUUUCCAGUGAGGGUUAUAGAUGUGCCUGCGUACCGGGUUACACGGGUGAAUAUUGCACAGUAGGUGAGGCAGAUAUAUGUGUUCAAUAUCUGAGUGUUAGCAGUUACUUAAUGAUUAGGAAAGUCGGUGACCGUUGUUUUUAAUAAAUUCUAUAGUACCCUCCUCAUGCACUUCUUUUUUUUAUCGAGGAUGAAGAAAUAUCAGCGGUGAACUAUGAGAGAAACCUAGGGAAGCGUCGGGAGGGGGAGGGAGGUGGGUAGUGAUAGGUCGAAAGGCGUUUAUCAAGAAGGGGAUAUCCUCAUUGCCGCUUCUAGCAAUGGAGAACGCGAUGAACCCUCUCUGCAUUGCAUUCCUAUCAGUCGCUCGACGCGUUUACCGUUCCUGACGGUGCGACUUCUUUCAUUAAGUUCAAAAUAAAAAGUGACUUAAUUGCCUAGAGGACGUUAAAGUUUUGGUGACUUCCCGAUUUUGUUCUGUAUUAGGUGGCUAAGAAAGGUACAAAUUUUAUAGCGCACGUGCUGCACAAUUGUUUCGCUCGUCAGAUCUUUUGUUUCACCACGUUUUCUUUGCUGUCAACGUCAAGGUUUUCUUAAAGUCCCUAAUAAAUUAAAGAUAUGCAGAUCCUAACUCAUUGUGUACUGUGUGUUAUUAAAUUUCUACAUGAUCCUUUCUUUAAGACGUUGAUGAAUGUGAUCUGGGAGAACACAAAUGUAAUUCAAAUGCUGAAUGUAUAAAUACCCGUGGAUCCUACGACUGCGAAUGUAAAGAAGGAUUUACAGGAGAUGGCCAAACGUGCAUAGGUGAGUGUUGACUGGUUAUCACCAAACAGGAAGUACAUUAUCCAUCAGCCACUCUACAAGCAAGCAAGCUGCAUUCCUGCCGUAACACAAGAAGGUCUAUUCUUCAACUUUUACAUGCUUGUGCAUGUGACAUUUAUUUUAUGGUUUAAGUGACUGCUAGAACUAAAGGGAAAAUCCUUGGAAGCUCAUGUAAUCUCUUGAUGUCACCCAUUCCCCCAGACCACUUAAGAAUAUCUUUGCGUUUUUUUUUUCAGAUUUUGACGAGUGUAAUUUGGUUGAUAAUUAUUGCACCAAGGGUGGCGCCAAUUGUACAAACACUGCAGGGUCAUUCAACUGCACCUGCCAGACUCGAUAUUUCUGGAAUGGCAUGAAAUGCGAAGGUUUGUUUACUCUAGUAUUAUUUAGGCCUAUGCGAACAUCAUCUCAAGGAGUCUUUCUUACUCUCACUUGCUCUUGGUCCGAUGCUCUCUCUCUGUCAUAAUCCCUAUCAUUGGACUGUCUGUGUGUGUCUUUUUGUCUGUCUGUCUGAUUAUCUGCACGUUCAUUUUGUUCGUCUGUUAUUUUUCUAUCUGCUUGAAAUUCUUUAUUAACAUUAAAACGUAGAAAUCGGAUUUCUAGUUUCAUUUUCAUUCUGUGAUUAGAACAGUAACGAAAAUAACUGAAGAGGGCAUGUUUUCCGACAAAAAGAUUAAUUUUUUUAAAUGGAGCCUUAAUUUGAUCAAAGAUAUUAGUUGAUCCUGAGCUACUUCUAGCGCCAAUACUAGCAAAAACUACCAAAAAUAAGAGGUACUCAAAUGCAAAAUUUGCUAUUCAAAGGCUAUCUCAUUUUAGCUUAUUUAAGCUUUUUUGAGGUGAACCCUUGGCUGUGAAUUCAAGUUCCGAGUUUCUUUAAACGUCCUUUUUUUGGUUUGAAACUGUUAUCCCCGGAAAAAAAAAAAAAAAAAAAAACAUUACUAUACUUGUGCGCCAUUUGGAAAGAGAAGCGAAAAUCACAGGAAAGAAAUUUGCAGGUGAUAGGCGCUCGCCGAACUGCGUACUUUCUCUUCUAGGUAAGGAAAUGUAAUUGCAAAGUUGGUGGAAAUUUACCAACUUUUUUUAAAAAAGGUGCAUGGUAUACCUGUAAAGCAUUAAGAAUCUUUAACUGCAAUUAAUUCUUGAAAGUUCUAACUUUGAUAAACACGAUUAUCAUUUCCUCUUUGAAUUAUAUUUGAUUCUCUAGCCGAUGGUUGUUACAACCACACAAAUCUGACAGAGGCUAACAGAAAAAGCGAUUACUCUACACCCCAAUUUGGUCCUUCUCUGUGUGACAGUGAGCUUGAGGGAUGGUAUCGUUUUGUGGGAGCUGCAGGAACAAAAAUGCCAACAACGCGUGUCUCAGCAUACAGAUGUGGUACAGACUGGUCAGGCUGGUUGGAUGGUGUUCAUCCUACAGUGGGAGAUGGUGAAGUUUCCAGGAAAGUCUGCUUUAGUGAUCGUCAAACCGGUUGCAGAUACGAAAGAAAUAUUUUUGUGAAAAACUGUGGAUCCUACUUUAUUUACUCUCUGGUUUCACUAAGUUGUAGCUCGCGCUACUGUGGGACUGAAUAA